AUGGUUCGAAAAAAAUCUUCUACACGCGAAUCUUCACGCAGUGUUCCAAUUACGAAUUUCUUUCAAAGGAUAUCUACCUCAAAUAAAAAAAGUAAGUCAAAUGACUGCGACUCUGAGACUUCAGACUCCAUUCCAAAGACUCCACCAGCAGAGUCUAUUUCUUCUUCGCGUUUAAACACACCCCAGAAAACACCGUCUUCGACCCAGCAAUUGCCUUUCGCCGCUUAUCAACGACAGAUCCUUGAGGACGAUGAUGACGAUAAAUUUCUAAUGAACACAAACUUUGAGGAUCUUUUUUACGUGCCGACUAAUAGUAACAACGCUGUCAAUAAACGAGAAAGUUCGGGUUCGGCAAAACUUAAUCCACGCCGAAGGAGUAAACGAGAAAGUAAACGCGUCUCGCUGGGAAAGUUUGUACCGGUUGCUGAAGCCGUUUCUUUGAAAGAUAAUCCAUUACAGGAUUACGUUAAUGGCGGGAUUACGAACAACUCAUAUCAAUUUUCGUUGACGUCCUUGUUAAAUGAGAAAAAGGCACGUGACAAGAAAGGAUACGAUAUACAGUAUUUGGAAAAAAGUGUUAAAGACGGAACGUUAGUUCCGUUGCUGGAUGAAUUGGAAGACCCUUAUGCCGAAUAUGAUCGUGAAGAAACUUCCUCCAAAGUAUUGUCCGAAACGCAAAGUGAGCAGCUUUUAAAGAUCUUUGAAAGAGAUGAGCAAAAGAAUUUUGAGCUACAAUUGAAUUUCUUUGAAAAAAUUCCUGAGCCACUUCCAGUGCCUGCGCUAAAGAGCUCUUGCGAUAAAAUAUGUUCUUUCUUAAAAGAUUUGUCUUCAAAUGAGCUUAAAGAAGUACUCCGUACUGAUUGGAUAACGCUACAAUACGAAUUGGGUUGGUCAAUUCCUUCUGAAGUUAUUAUGUGGUUAUUGGAUAUAGUAAGUUUUGCUGAUAAAUCUACUCUAGCUGAAGCCGCGUUUGACAAUUUAAAGAAAUUUAGUGAAAUAAAUGCACGAAAUGAUAUUAGUAACAAUAAUAAUGAUGUUCAAGAAAGUAACAUAGAAAAGGAGUUCGGCGUGCCUUUUUCGGAAAUAUUACGAGUUCUAAAGUCUUAUGGAUGUUCUACUGAGUUGCUUGGCAUUAAAACAAAGUUGGAAGAAAGAAGUUUGCAAGUCUUGACUUCAAAAGAGCUGGAAUCAUCUCCCGAAUUCCCAUAUUGCUUUAAUGUUCGCUUGAUUUUGAGACUUUUGCAUGUUUUGACUGAAAAUAAAAGCCUUCGAUUCCAAGAUAACGACGAGAUACGACUCGCCAUAAUUGUGAUUAGUCGCAUGAUUCUAGACAGAAGAUUAUGGUCCAUCUAUGACGAGAUUGAACAAACGAUAGCGAGUUUCCUGGAACUUUUCGAUGAAGAAAAUUGGCCUGUUCAAGCAAAGCUUAUAUGUGAAGAUAUCACAUACUCAUGCGGUGAUCAGACCCAAUUCAAAGUGAAAAUUUUGAAUAAUUUUCCGGUGAUAGAUCGAGGACUGCUGUUGAGGCAAAUAUUGGCGUUCCGAUUUUUGUUUAAUUAUGAAGAUGACACAAAAUUAUGGAAUUUGACAGAGCUCGAUUUGACGCGUCCAAUCUCACUUCAACCACUUCUGGAUCUUUUCCAAGACACUAGAAACAUGUUUAAAAUUCGACCAGAUACGAAUUACUAUGAGUUAUCUGAUUUUAUUACGGUUCUAAGCUUUGCAUUAAAUGAUGAUCAACAAUUACGGUCUGAAAAAGAUGUGAUUGAAGAGAUCAUAAAAAAGUUGAAUCAUUUACACGGGAAAAUAAUGGACAUGAGAGCAGCUUUUUUGGAUCGUACAAAGGCAAAAGACAACACGCAACGACUCCUAUUGCGUCUCCACUAUAUAAUAAAUUAUCGACGAACUGGCAAGCGGCAAGCAAGUAUUCUUGCUUAUUCGCCACGAAAACCGCAACGAACUAUGGAUCUCUUUAAUCUUGAAAAUUCUUCGUCUGUUGAACAGACUGUUGAUGCUUGA